CGGUUGAGCCGCGUCGCCGCAGACGCGUUUCAAGCACUCGCGUUCACUCACAAUGGCGAGACCGUCGCGAGGAUGAGGAUACAGCCGCGCUCCUCGAGUCAGCAGACCGUUAAUGUCCACUGACCGAUUACCGAUUCAGACUCGAAACGACGGAGGUAACGUUACCUUUACGAACCCGAUCGUGGCUCGCGGGAGAGUUGGUGGUUAGAUGGCAGCGGCUGGUAAAACACGGGGACUGGAGCGCAGCGGCGGCACACGGUGACCAUGCUCGGACCCAAACCCAGCGCUCUGGACGGGACUGCAGCAGCGGGCGGCGUUUGAAAACAAAACAAACAAACCGAAGGCGUUAAGAAACGAAAGCCCUGUGAGUGUUCUCUGAGAUGGCAGGCAGAAGCCGCAGGUCGUGGUUCAGCGUGCUGCUGGGGCUGGUGGUCGGGUUCACGCUGGCGUCCAGGCUCAUCCUGCCCCGAGCCACCGAGCUCAAGAGAGCGGGUCACAAGCGGCGCGCAAGCGGCGGCGCGGGCGGCUGCGGAGGAGGAGCGGGGAUGAUGAUGAUGAUGAAGGAGUACGGAGCGCCGCUGAUGCCCAGCACGGAGAAGCCCGCGGUGCCCCGGUCCAGCAGUUUCUUGUUCGUGGGCGUCAUGACCGCGCAGAAGUACCUGAACAACCGCGCCGUGGCGGCGUACAGGACCUGGGCCAAGACCAUCCCGGGCAAAGUGGAGUUUUUCUCCAGCGAGGGUUCAGACACGACGAUCCCCAUCCCCAUCGUGGCUCUGCAGAACGUGGACGAUUCGUACCCUCCGCAGAAGAAGUCCUUCAUGAUGCUCAAGUACAUGCAUGACCACUACCUGGACCAGUUCGAGUGGUUCAUGCGAGCCGAUGAUGACGUCUACAUCAAAAGCGAGAAGCUGGAGAGCUUCCUAAGGAGUCUCAACAGCAGCGAGGCCAUCUUCCUUGGCCAGACGGGCAUGGGUGCCCGCGAUGAACUGGGCAAGCUGGCCCUGGAACCGGGCGAGAACUUCUGCAUGGGCGGCCCUGGUGUGAUCAUGAGCCGUGAGGUGCUGCGCAGGAUGGUGCCCCACAUCCGCCAGUGCCUGCAGGAGAUGUACACCACCCACGAGGACGUGGAGGUGGGUCGCUGCGUGCGCAGAUUCGCCGGCGUCCAAUGCGUCUGGUCCUAUGAGAUGCAGCAGCUGUUCUAUGAGAAUUACGAGCCAAACAAAAAGGGCUACAUCCGUGAUCUCCACAACAGCAAGAUCCACCGGGCCAUAACCCUUCACCCCAACAAGAACCCGCCGUACCAGUAUCGCCUGCACAGCUACAUGUUGAGCCGCAAGAUCGCGGAGCUGCGCCACCGCACCAUCCAGCUCCACCGCGAGAUUGUGCAGAUGAGCCGCUACAGCAACACCGAGGUGAACAAGGAAGACCUCCAACUGGGCAUGCCUCCGUCCUUCAUGCGCUUUCAUCCCCACCAGCGGGAGGAGGUGCUAGAAUGGGAGUUCCUCACGGGCAAGUACAUUUUCUCGUCCUCAGACGGGCAGCCUCCACGUCGGGGCAUCGACUCCUCGCAGAAGAUGGCGCUGGACGACAUCAUCAUGCAGGUUAUGGAGAUGAUUAACGCCAAUGCCAAGACGCGAGGAAGAGUCAUUGACUUCAAAGAGAUCCAGUACGGAUACCGAAGGGUCAACCCCAUGUACGGGGCGGAGUACGUACUGGAUCUGCUGCUGCUCUACAAGAAGCACAAGGGGAAGACCAUGACGGUUCCUGUAAGGAGGCACGCCUAUCUCCAACAGACCUUCAGUAAGAUCCAGUUUUUGGAAGACGAGGAGAUGGACGCCCGAGUCCUGGCUGCCAGGAUCAACCAAGACUCGGACUCGUUGUCCUUCCUGUCCAACUCUCUCAAGAUGCUCGUCCCAUUCAAACUGAGCAGCCAAUCUGGCAUCAAACAACACGAACCCAAAGAGAAGAAGAUCAACAUCCUUGUGCCCCUGGCGGGACGCUACGAGAUCUUUGUGCGCUUCAUGGCCAACUUCGAGAAGAUUUGCCUGAUUCCCAACCAGAACGUCAAGUUGCUGAUUCUGCUCUUUAGCACAGACAACAACACGGAGCGCAUUAAGCAAAUCGAGCUCAUGAGGGAGUAUCACAUGAAAUAUCCCAAAGCCGACAUGGAGAUCAAACCAGUUUCUGGACCCUUCUCCCGUGCUCUGGCCCUAGAGGUCGGCUCGGCCCACUUUACCAAUGAUUCCUUGCUCUUCUACUGUGACGUGGACUUACUGUUUACCCCCGACUUCUUGACCAGAUGUCGUGGGAACACCAUACUUGGGGAACAGACGUACUUUCCCAUCAUCUUCAGCCAGUAUGACCCUAAGGUUGUCUAUGCAGGCAAGGUGCCCAGUGACAACCACUACGUGUUCACAUCCAAAACAGGCUUGUGGAGACACUACGGUUAUGGGAUCGUCUGCAUCUACAAAGGAGACUUGGUCAAAGCGGGUGGCUUUGACGUCUCCAUCCAAGGCUGGGGACUGGAAGACGUGGACCUCUUUAACAAAUUCGUCCAGUCCGGGAUCAAGCUGUUCCGCAGCACGGACACCGGAAUCGUGCACGUCCACCACCCUGUUGUUUGCGACCCAAACCUCGAUCCCAAGCAGUACAAAAUGUGCCUGGGAUCCAAAGCAUCCUCGCACGGCUCCACGCAGCAACUCGCGGAGCUGUGGUUGGAGAAGAACAACCACGGCUUCCGAAAGAUCUCGAACUCUAAUAACGAUUCAGUGAGGACAGAAUAGACCCGGCAAGUGCACACCCAACUGUCUGUCUUCCUCUCUAUGGAGUUUUUUAACUACCUUAUUUAUUUUUUACUGAAAAGACGUCUGUGGAUAUAUUUUGACAUAAGAACUGGUUUUGUAAACUGUACAGGAGCAGCGUGACAUCUUUAGACUCUGAUCUUUAUUUUUUUUUUAGCAGUGUAAGGAUCAUUGACGUAAGGAGAUGUAUUUUACCAAUCCAAUAUUGAGCAUUAUAUUUAUGCCACCUCUCAUACAAACUGCUGUGUACCUCCCCUGAAAAUGCGUUGCGAUGGUAUCGGAGAGGGAGUUUGGACACGGACAUGUGGUGUCUGGCAAUUGGUAAAUGUUUAUCUGUGAAUGUUUACAGAGAGCUACGAACAAGUGAUUCAUGCUUGGGAAGGGGGAUCUAUUAAAUAACAAUCUUAAUUGUGACAAUUAAGGGCCAUUGAUCAAAAGUUUCUAAUUUUUGGCUUUUGGUUUGUUUUUCCAGUUUAUUUGUCUUGGGAAAUCCAUAAUAACACUGUUUUGUUUUCAGUGAUUUUGAUUUAUUUUUAUUGACUUCUGUGAAUGAAACUGCUGGAUGUAGAUCUUUCCAACUCAUUCCCACUGUCUAAUUUAUUGAACGUUCGGUCUCGUAUGAUAUCGGCUGAGGUUAUGUAUAGUAGAGAUCGUAUAACCAUCUCAGUCAUGGAUAGUGUUUUUGUUCCUCUACAUCUUCCUCUCUCUAUCUUGAAUGGCUUUGAUUACCAAAGACUUUUUUGCACAGUUGCUGUAGGUGAUUUUUUUUUUUUGUUCGAGCAUGCUUGUGUAUGUGUGCGUGUGUGGAUGUCCGAAUACAAAGUGGUGGAGCAGGAAAACAUGAAUUGUACUGUAGGAUGGCGGUACCGAUGACCAGAUUUCUAUUCUACAUGGCUCUAUGAACGCAUGUCGACAACAUACCACUUAGCGAUCUAUUUUCUUGUUUCAUUCGAUCAGAGUUCGUUUGCUCCUGUUUGUUAUUUAAGUACAGGCCAUUCUCAUGUGAUUGAGCCAUGCACUCCACAGGGGGAAUCAGCCUAAAUUGCCGCCUAGCCUUCCAAUACGAGGACUGAUCUCCCACAGCAGUCGGUUUCUUUUUUUUUUUUUUUUUGCGUUCCUUUCUGGGGCAUUUUCAUACUUCAGUUCUCUGUUAGCCCCAAUACAGCUGGGACAAAAGUUUUAUAUUUAAUAAAAUAGAAAAUGUUUAUCAAAAUG